AUCCAACCACAUUUAUAUACUUGCUAAAAGCAGUACUCGUUCCUGUAUAUAUAGUUGUAUACAUGGCAAUCAAGAUCAUAGAGCAGCAGCAGCCCUCUGUUGGUUUAUCAAGAGUUGCAGUUUCAGACACUCAUGGUGAAGACUCACCCUAUUUUGCUGGCUGGAAGGCUUAUGAUCAAGACCCUUAUGAUGAGCUCUCCAAUCCCACUGGUGUCAUUCAAAUGGGACUUGCAGAAAAUCAAGUUUCGUUCGAUUUGCUGGAAAAGUACCUGGAAGAACAUCCGGAGGCGACCAACAAUGGGAGCAGUACUACAGCUUCUGGAUUUAGAGAGAACGCACUGUUUCAAGAUUAUCAUGGACUGCAAUCUUUCAGAAAGGCAAUGGCAAGCUUUAUGGAGCAAAUAAGAGGGGGAAGAGCAAAAUUCAGCCCUGACAGGAUUGUCAUCACAGCAGGCGCCACAGCUGCAAAUGAACUCCUGACUUUCAUAUUAGCUGAUCCAGGCGAUGCCUUGCUUAUCCCAACUCCUUACUAUCCAGGGUUUGAUAGAGACUUGAGAUGGAGAACAGGCGUAAACAUCGUGCCGGUCCACUGCGACAGCUCAAACAAUUUCGAGAUCACCCCUCAGGCUCUUGAUUCAGCUUAUAAAGAAGCCGAAUCCAAGAACAUGAGAGUUAGAGGAGUCCUGAUAACGAAUCCAUCCAAUCCUCUAGGCGCAACGAUCAAACGGGCCGUUCUUGAACAGGUUCUUGAAUUCGCGACAAGCAAGAACAUCCAUCUCGUCUCCGACGAAAUCUAUUCCGGGUCAGCUUUCUCCUCCGGGGAAUUUGUCAGCAUUGCCGAGAUUCUUGAGGCCCGGAACUACAAAGACUCAGAACGGGUUCACAUUGUCUACAGCCUGUCCAAGGACUUAGGCCUCCCUGGAUUUAGGGUUGGGACGAUAUAUUCAUACAACGACAAAGUCGUCACGACAGCAAGGAGGAUGUCUAGUUUCACGUUGAUCUCGUCCCAAACACAACAGCUCUUGGCCUCCAUGCUGUCCGACAGGAAGUUCACGGAAAUGUACAUAAGAACGAACCGCCAACGGCUGAGACAACGGUAUCAAAUGAUCGUGGAUGGACUGAAAAAGGCGGGAAUCCAGUGUUUGGAAGGGAACGCUGGAUUGUUCUGUUGGAUGAACCUGAGCCCACUUCUGGAGGAGCCAAACAGGGAACAAGAAUUGGGUUUGUGGGAGCUGAUUUUGCAUGAGGUGAAGCUCAACAUAUCGCCAGGGUCGUCUUGUCAUUGCUCGGAGCCUGGAUGGUUCAGAGUUUGCUUCGCCAACAUGAGUGAGCAGACGCUGGAAGUAGCUCUCGCAAGAAUACAUCACUUCAUGGAAAGAAGAAGAGUCCAUUAAUUAAUUACAAUUACUGCUUAAAUUAAUCCACAUUAGUGUUAAUGAUUCUUGAUUAGUCCCUUCUUAUCUCUUUUCUUUUUUAUUUAUAUUUUUGGUAGGUCUUGAUCAGUUCUCAAAGAAUUAAUGAUUUUGAUGUUGAAGAU